AUGUCGUCGUCGCCGACGAAGGACGUCGUCACCGCGUCGACGGCCACCUCUACGUCGGCGGCCGCCACUGGUUGCAACCUUCUCAAGAUCAAGGUCCGCAACGCGAUCAAGAAAUCUCACCAAAGCAGCAAAUACAACAUCGAGUCGUCCAAGUUCCACGUCGCAGGUCACACCUGGAGCUUCUUCUUCCACCUCAACGCGAGCAAAUAUUCGGGCAACGGCUACUCCACCGUGUGCCUCAAGCUCCACGCCGCCGACUCCGGCACCGCCGCCGCCGCUGGCGGCAUCCGAACCAACGUCCGGUUCCGCAUGGUCAAUCUGCAGCCGUACGUGCCUCCGACGAACGAGGUGAGGUGCUACGCGACGUCGUUCCACGGCACCAGGAAGGCGGAGUACCGCUGCUUCACGUUCAUCCGCCACGACGUCCUGGCGAGGCAGUGGUUCUGCACCGACGACGAGUUCACCAUCCACUGCGACGUCGCCGUCGUUGAGGAGGCCGCAGCGGCAGCGACGAUGUCGACGGAGCUCGGGCCGGAUGACCUAGAUGGCCUGAUGAUGAUCUGCAAAUGCAGCGUCGACAAUGACGAUGAGCCAUGCAAGAGCAGCACCCGGCAGAGCCUCAAGGAGGCGUUUCGCAAGCACUUCUUGGGUUGUUUUGGGCCAAAGUAG